GGCCUCAGCUCCUGGACGCCUGGCCGGAAUGUCCUACUUCCUGUGACCUUGGGGGCUUUAACAGGACAGGGUCCAGAGCCCUGAGUCUGUUCCAGCAUUUUCCCUGAAUCGCUCCUCCCUUGUCGCUUCUACCCCGCCCUCGACUGUCCUAAGCUGCUUCCUGGGCCUGGACUGAUUGGCUUUUUCCUGCCCCAGUUGAGGGAGGAGGGUGUCGCACCCCUGGUCGCCUACGGCGGACAUGGAGCCCAGAAGGGCGGUGCCUGGGGCGCAUGGCUGGGGGUCUCGGGUGGCCGCGGGGUCGGGGACGGCCGCGGAGCUCGUGUACCACCUAGCGGGGGCCCUGGGCGCUGAGCUGCAGGAGCUGGCGCGCCGCUUCGGGCCGGAGGCGGCGGCCGGGCUCGUGCCGCUGGUGGUGCAGGCGCUGGAGCUCCUGGAAAAGGCGGCCGUGGGGCCCGCCCCAGACUCGCUGCAGGUAUCCGCGCAGCAGGCAGAACUCGAGCUGCGGCGGCUACGAGAGGAGAACGAGCGCCUCCACAGAGAGCUGCGCUCUAGACCACAGGAGGAGCACGCUCUGCUGCGGCAGCUCAAAGAGGUGACCGACCGCCAGAGGGACGAACUCCGGGCGUACAACCGCGACCUGCUGCAGCGAAGCCAGGAGACCGAGGCGUUGCAGGAGCAGCUGCAGCGCCUCCUGCUGGUGAAUGCGGAGUUGCGGCAGAAGUUGGCCGCGGUACAAGCCCAGCUGCGCGCUGCGCGGGACCGCGAGAGCGAACGAGAGCAGCGGCGCGAAGCGGCCAUGGAGCCGCCUCCGGAGCCGGUGCAGGGCCAGGCCGCGGGGCCCGGGUGCGAGCAGAGGCGGGAGUCCGAGCGAGCGGCCGCGGGCACAAGAGCCCCGGGGACCCCCGAGGACCCGGCGGAUGCCCCGCCGCCGCCAGGGCUCCCCGCCAAGGCAGGGCAGUGCGGCUUCAGUCGAGAGGAGGUUCAGCAGAUCCUUCAGGAGCGGAAUGAGCUCAAAGCCAACGUGUUCCUGCUGAAGGAGGAGCUGGCCUACUUCCAGCGGGAGCUGCUCACAGACCACCGGGUCCCUGGGCUUCUGCUUGAAGCCAUGAAGGUAGCUGUCAAGAAGCAGCGGAAGAAGAUCAAGGCCAAAAUGUUAGGGACUCCAGAGGAAGCUGAGAGCAGUGACGAUGAGGAUGGCUCAUGGCUCCUGCUCUCCAGCGAUAAGGGAGACCAUUCUGAACCCCCAGCCCCUGAGUCCAGAAUACGGAGUUUCUUUGGCCAGUGGUAUCGGGGUGAAGCAGAGGCCCCUGGGACUGAGACCAGCAGUGUGGCUCCCAGCCAGCUACAGGGAGGAGAGGAGACCCCGCAGCCACCCCACCUGGAGCCGGUGGGCAGCCCAACAGCCCCCAACUCCUGACGGGUCCUGCUGUGCUCUCAGUGAACAUCUUUGUCUGGGGUCUCAGCUGCCCCAGAGGCCUGACUUUGGAAUCUGUCUAUGGUUGGAUGUGUGACCUCAAAUGAGGACUGGGCUUCCUCCUUCCCUGCCCUUCCCAGGCUCUUCUCUAAUCCUGGUCCGAGCCGGGGUCUGAUGGGAGCUCAGCCUACUUUCCUUCCUAUCAGUUCAGCUCAGUUGCUCAGUGGUGUCCGACUCUUUGCGACUCCAUGGACUACAGCACACCAGGCCUCCCUGUCCAUCCGGGAGUUUACUCAAACUCAUGUCCAUGGAGUUGGUGAUGCCAUCCAACCAUCUCAUCCUCUGUUGUCCUCUUCUCCUCCUGCCUUCAAUCUUUCCCAGCAUCAGGGUCUUUUCCACUGAGUCAGUUCUUCCCAUCAGGUGGCCAAAGUAUUGGAGUUUCAGCUUCAGCCUCGGUCCUUCCAAUGAAUAUUCAGGACUGAUUUCCCUUAGAAUGGACUGGUUGGAUCUCCUUGCAGUCCAACAGACUCUCAAGAGUCUUCUCUAACACCACAGUUCAAAAGCAUCAAUUCUUUUUUUUUUUUUUUUCAGUUCUACCACUUUAUUGCUACCAACCCAUCUCCCUCCACCCUCGUGCACACAUGCUCAGUCAUGUAACCCCAUGGACUGCAGCCCGCCAGGCUCCUCUGUCCAUGGACUUUUCCAGGCAAGAAUACCGGACUGGGUUGCCAUUUCCUUCUCCAAAAAGCAUCAGUUCUUUAUAGUCCAACUCUUACAUCCAUAUAUGACUACUGGAAAAACCAUAUCUUUGACUAGAUGGACCUUUGUUGGCAAAGUAAUGUCUCUGUUUUUUAAUAUGCUGUCCUUCCUAUACCUCUGUGCCAAGCCUCGGGGGCCAGAUAAAAGUGCUGCUUCUCUGAGUUUGUUUCCCCAUCCGUGACACGGAGAGCUGACUUCCCCCCUCCCAGGUGUUUGUACAGAUGGCCUGAGCUAUUGGAAUAAAGCAACUGCCCGUGAUACCAGAAA